CCUCAACCCAAGGCAGAACUUUCAUCAACGUAAUUGCUGCAAAACCAUAGGUAGACCCCUUUGAGGCCUGAGUUUAGAUAACUUUUGAUCCUUAUAGUUUCAAUAUCCCUGCCCUCUAUGUCUGAAAUAGCUAACUCAGCUGAAACUGCCUCUGAAACCCUGCCAUUGUUGAAUGACUCGCCCCGGCGCGGCCGAAGAAACAGCAACGUUUCCAUCUCCACUAAUAGUAUUACAUCAGCUGACCUACUUCCUGGAAGCAGCAAUCAUCACAACCACUCCCGGCCGUUGCUCUCGCCCGACGACCCGCAGGUCUCCCCGCUCAACUUGCCGCAGAUCAAGUUUAUUCGCCUCGUCACGGUUGUAGCGCUUAUCAUCAAUGCUAUCCUCUUUGUGUGCCUUCUUGUGAGUGAUUUUAUCGAGAUUCCUGGUUUCCACAGUCGCGGAAAGGCCUACGUCGAGCUCAACCUCAUUGUCAUUGCUUUGGUGAACAACCUCAUCACUCUCUUCCAGUUUCAAAUUCCUAGCCGUGUGGAACGGACCAUCGGUUAUGCAACAGCGGGCCUUCUCACCUUUGACUUUUUUGUUGUUUUCUCACUUCUGUAUCUCAAGCAGCAGUUUGGUCUCAACGGCGAGACGAUUCUCCUCUGGACCAUUAUCCAGAUCGCAGGCUGCGCCUUGUUUGAUAAGUAUGUGGACCGUGGAAAGCGGUACCAGGAGAUCAGAUACACUGGUAGAGUAGAAACCCGCCGGACCAUCUACGAGAUGUUUGUCGUGAGCAUCCGUAUUAUUGUCAGGUCAUUCCUAUUGACCAUUGUGGUUCUCUUGAGCUUUACGCUCUGGCUCCGUGCCUACGAUUCACGUAUAAGACCGUGGGGCGAGAUGGUUCCGAUUGAAAAUGACCAAUUUAAGGUCCAUCUUGCGUGCUACGGUGACGUCACAAACACCACCUCGCGCUCCGCCCAGCCGAUCAUUCUCAUUGAGUCCGGUCAAUUGACCUCUUCGGAAGAAUUCUCCAUCUGGGUGAAGGAGCUCCACAACUUGAACAAAAUCGACCGAUACUGCGUGUGGGACCGCCCUGGCUACGGCUUCUCGGAUUCUGCUCCAUCGCCCACCUCUGUUUCUAUCGUGGCGGAGUACUUGCUCCAGGCGUUGGACCGGCAGAACAUCCACGGCCCCUUUACGCUUGUUGGGCACGACAUUGGUGGGUUGUAUUCCCGCAUUUUUGCGUCCCGCUUCCCGGCGAUGAUCCAUUCGGUGUUGCUUGUUGAUGCAUGGCACGAGGAUUUGAUGUUGAAGUCGCCGUUGGACAACUCGGGCGGGGGCAAUAAUGGCCCCGAUCGAGGCGGACGACGGGACGAGAAGUUCCCGCUCUUGGGAAAAAUCCUGUCUAUGGGGCCGUUGCACGGUCUCAGGCUCUGGAUCAGCGGAAUCUUAUCGCCGUUGGGUCUCCGUCUCCACGCGGGCUGGUUGCUACACCGGCACGGCUCCGCCGACCGUCUCUACGGCCGUGACAUGAAGUACCAGGGGAAGAAUGUCCGUUUCCGGUUGCAGGAGCAAUUGACGUCCUCCAUUCUCUCCUACAACGAACUCAAGGCCGUGGACUUCAAGGACUUGCCGUUGAGCGUGAUCAGUUCGUCGUACAUGAUUGAAAACUCCGAGAGCUGGGGCGAGUGGCAGCGCAAGAUCACCCACUUGUCCCGCAACUUGAUCGAGUGGGUCAUCGCAGACGAGUCGAAUCACGAGAUCUGGCGCAAUAAGAAAGGUAAGAAGCAGUUGCAAGAUUUACUCUUGCGGUUGAUUGGCGUUCUUGACCGAUAGGCUGCGGGGCUACGUUUUGGGUGGAAUUAAAUAAAUUGAGUUGAAUGAUUUACGGGGGUUGAGCUGGUGCGUAGUUAGUGAGAGAUAAAUUUUAAUACCCUUGUCAAUGGGUUAGGUGUCUAGUUUCAGGGUGAGGGUUGUAACUGUCGGGGGUUGGGGUGUAAAUGGUGUGUGCCACGUGUAUAUGACACGUGAAUGUGUUACUUGUGGUUGGUGACGAAAUAUGAAGGCAGGUUAUAGUUAACUCGAAAUAGAAUGUUACGUGUAAGAUUUCGG